ACUUCUCGCUGUGGCCAUCACCGCUUCAUCACCUCGCGACAGCCAUGGCCGCCGCCUCCCUGCUCCGCUCGCUCACCCGACACGCGCGCGGCGCUUCCGCUUACCACCACCACCACCAAACUUGGGCGCCCUUCUCCACCGCGGCGGCGGCGGGUGCGCGGGAUGAGGCGAGGAAGGGGUUCCCUGGGCUGGGGCCGACGGUGAAGGGGGAGAAGGCGAGGGUGGUGGUGCUGGGGACCGGCUGGGCGGGGUCGCGCCUCCUCAAGGACCUCGACACGAGCGGCUACGACGUCGUCUGCGUCGCCCCGCGCAACCACAUGGUGUUCACGCCGCUGCUCGCCUCCACCUGCGUCGGCACGCUCGAGUUCCGCUCCGUCGCCGAGCCCGUCGCGCGCAUCCAGCCCGCCGUGUCCAAGUCGCCGGGCUCCUUCUUCCUCCUCGCCCGCUGCACCGGCGUCAACCCCGACGCCCACACGAUUGAUUGCGAGACAGUUACAGAUGGUGAGAAAGAUACAUUGGGGCCAACGAAAUUCAAGGUUGCUUAUGACAAGCUGGUUUUUGCAUGCGGAGCUGAGGCAUUAACUUUUGGGAUACGUGGUGUUACCGAACAUGCAAUCUUUCUACGGGAAGUUCACCAUGCUCAAGAGAUCCGCAGAAGGCUCCUUCUCAAUCUGAUGUUGUCUGACGUACCUGGACUUUCAGAGGAAGAAAAGCGCAGAAUAUUGCACUGUGUUGUUGUUGGAGGUGGUCCAACUGGGGUGGAAUUUAGUGGUGAACUUAGUGAUUUCAUCAUGCGAGAUGUUAAACAACGUUAUUCACAUGUGAAGGAUUAUAUCCAUGUGACCCUAAUUGAGGCAAAUGAGAUAUUGUCAUCCUUUGAUGUUCGCCUCAGGCAAUAUGCUACAAACCAAUUAAUUAAGUCGGGUGUUAGGCUUGUGCAAGGAAUUGUUAAGGAUGUACAACCUAACAAACUAAUCCUUGACAACGGAGAGGAGGUUCCUUAUGGUUUGCUAGUAUGGUCUACCGGGGUUGGUCCAUCACCAUUUGUCAAGUCAUUGCCAUUUCCAAAGUCACCUUGUGGAAGGAUUGGUGUUGAUGAGUGGUUACGAGUUCCUUCUGUUCGUGAUGUGUAUGCUAUUGGUGACUGCAGUGGAUUUCUCGAAAGCACUGGCAAGGAUGUUCUCCCAGCUCUUGCCCAGGUUGCAGAACGGCAAGGAAAAUACCUCGCCAGUUUGCUCAACCGUGCCAUGAAAGCUGGUGGAGGGCAUGCAAACUCUCAGGCCGAAGCUGAUCCAGGGCCGCCCUUUGUGUACAAGCAUCUAGGCAGCAUGGCAACUGUUGGAAGAUACAAAGCUCUCGUCGAUCUGAGGCAAAGCAAGGAAUCGAAGGGGUUAUCCCUUGCAGGAUUUGUGAGUUUUUUGAUCUGGCGCUCGGCGUACUUAACUCGUGUUGUUAGCUGGAGGAAUAGGUUCUAUGUGGCUAUCAAUUGGCUGACCACGCUGUUGUUUGGCCGGGACAUAAGCCGUAUCUAGAGUUCCUGUACUUUGAUGUCUGUCCACUGUAAGUUCGAUACAGUGUUAUAUAGCCCCCGGUCACUUGUUUUUCUCUCUUCAUUUAUCCACUUUUGUAUUUAUCCCUGUUGGUUGUCUACUUGUAAGUUCGGAAAGCAUAAUUCAAAGGUAAAUCGUGAAUAAAUAUGACGAAAUCACAGUUACUCA